AUGACAGAAGGGGAAUGUAACACAUGCCCAGGUUAUGUACCAUUGACUCACUUCAAGUGGUUAUUUGAUUUAGAAUUGGACCCAAAAAAGACCGGGGCCCAGUUGUUCCAAAGACCGAUUAGCACUAACCCAGUGUUAGAUUUUAACCUCGUUUCUUUUUCCUUUUAAUCAAAAGCAUUUUGUCAGAUAAUUUUCCUUUUUUUUUUAAGUAUCAAAUCACCAAAUUGUAGACAAAAGGAAUUCAAAUGAAUUUGUUUUUAAAACUUUCAUAUCUGAAUUCAUAUUUCGUACUAACCUUGGGUUAUCUUAACCCAGCUUUAAACAACCCAGCCUGGAAGGAUAAAUGCUGCAUGUUAAUUUGUUCCACCACCUUAGUUUUUUUUUCUUUAUAGCUUAUAACUUUUCAUGAUCCAAGGCCAACUCAGAGCUCCUGUAACCCAGUAGGGGUCUGUUCAUUUUUAAGGAGGGGGGGGCUUUGUUGGGUGGGAUUUGACCGGUAGCUCCUGUAUAUGAAGACCCUCUCUUCAUCAGAAUUUUUUGGGAAGCCACAACCCCGCUCCUUGUAUCUUAAGAUCAAAUAACCAGGAUUCAGGUGAAUUUUAGCCAGCAAAAAUGCUAUGCCUUUUUCGGAUUGAAUAGGUAGUACUUAAUGAACAGUGAGACUCAAACUCAGGGUUGCAAACAACAAAGUAAGAAAAAAUUAGCCUUUCAUAAAUUUGUCAGCUGAGUUAAUGUUCAAAUAAAAUUGUGAGCAGUUUCACCAUAUUUUGUUGUAGUAUUGGCUGUUGGGUUUUCAAAAUGUGGUCAUUUUUAGGAAGCCGGCCAUCGAGAUGUGGUCAUCUCUAGGUGGGCAGUCAAAACUACAACAAAUACCGGUUAAACUAAAAUUGUUGGUUUUAAACUGAAUUAAGUUUGUUGGUUAAAUGGCCAUGAGGAAAUUAUGUACAAGUGAAUAAUCACAACACUGAGUUUGAAAUCCACAAGUAUGAUGUACAAAAAAUACAGUAAAUGAUCUGACUACUGGACCUAACCUUGUGUUAUCUUAACCCAUCUUUGAGCAAACCCAGUCCAGAAGGAUAAAUGCUGCGUGUUAAUUUGUUUCACUACCUUAGUUUUUUCUUUAUAGCUCUAGACUUUUCAUGAUCCAAUGCCAAAUCAGAGCUCCUGUAAUCCAAUAAAGAUCUGUGCAUUGUUUAUUGUGCAGGGGGGAAGGGGGGGGGCCUUUCAGGUAGGAUUUGACCAUUCGACUGGUAGCUCCUGUAGAUCCUCCUUGUAUCCCAAGCAAAUUACCAGGCUUCAGGUGAAUUCUAGCCAGCAAAAAUGCUAUGACUUUUUUGGAUUGAAUAGGUAGUACUUAAUGAACAGUAAAACUCAAAAUCAACAUUAAAAUCAAUGAAACUCAAACUCAGGGUUGCAAACAACAAAGUAAGAAAAAUUAGCCUUUCAUAAAUUUGUCAGCUGAGACAAUGUUCAAAUAAAAUUGUGAGCAGUUUCACCAUAUUUUGUUGUAGUAUUGGCUGUUGGGUUUUCAAAAUGUGGUCAUUUUUAGGAAGCUUGACCAUCGAGAUGUGGUCAUCUCUAGGUGGGCAGUCAAAACUACAACAAAUACUGGUUAAACUAAAAUUGUUGGUUUUAAAUUGAAUUAAGUUUGUUGGUUAAAUGGCCAUGAGGAAAUUAUGUACAAGUGAAUAAUCACAACACUGAGUUUGAAAUCCACAAAACUUUUUAUUUCGGACCAAAUUUGAUUUUUUAGUAUGAUGUACAAAAAAUACAGUAAAUGAUCUGACCACUGGACCUAACCUUGUGUUAUCUUAACCCAUCUUUGACCAACCCAGUCCAGUCCAGAAGUUUAAAGGCUGCAUGUUAAUUUGUUUCACCACCUUAGUUUUUUUCUUUAUAGCUCUAGACUUUUCAUGAUCUAAGGCCAACUCAGAGCUCCUGUGAUCCUGUAACCCAAUAAAGGUCUGUUCAUUGUUUAUGGAGGGGGGUUGGGGCUUUGUCAGGUAGGAUUUGACAAUUCGACCGGUAGCUCCUGUAGAUCCUCCUUGUAUCCCAAGUUCAAGGGCCGUAGACAGAAAAAAAUAAGGACUGAGGCAAUAUCCAUGGUUGAAUUCCCCGCCUAGCUAUUCAGGGUCUUUAUGAUGGCUACGUUGAAACCAAACACUGCCAGGAUCAAACCUUAAAUGACAGAGGCAAGUGCCUCGGUUUGCCUCAUACUGGCUAUGGCCCUGACUGUAGGAAAUACAGUGCAUCAAUGAUCUGACUACUGGACCUUAAUAACGAGUGGAUUUGAAUUAGUGUAUUUGCUUUAAAUUAGUAGCCCGGGAAAGGUUUAUGCCAGGGGCGCUGUCAGAAAGGGACACCUUUUUCAUGCUUCAGGUAUGAAAGGAUAGAGAUUUCCUGAGUUAAAGUAUAUGACAGGGUAGACUAUCUGUCAUUUCGUUCUGUAAAAAGACUAACAGAAGAAAUUUGUGAAUGUAAAAUUGUCAAAAAAAUUAACUGGUUUCUGAUUCCUUUAUAUUAAAAUGACAGUGCACAUAAAACAGUUAACAGGAAAGAUGCAUGUAAGGGGUUGGAUCUCUGGGCAGAGUCUCACAGCGUGUACAAAAUUUUAUUGUAACAAUGUAAUGUUACAGUUGAGAUUGGAAAUUUACUUUAGUCACAAAACGGAUCAAACAUAUAGGAAAUGUCACAUGCACAUCACCUUUGACUGUCAGCAAAUGUUAUGCAGCUCACUAUAUUUGCUCCCCUUGCAAAUAUGGAUAAUUAUGAUGCAAAUGUGCAAAUUUAUGAUACAGCCAAAUGUCUAGAAAUUUAUUAUUUUUGCUCUUAAGGCAAAUACGAGUAAACCACAUGCAAAAGUGUUCUUUUGGUAUCCUGGAAAAACAAGAGCAAAUACCACUGCAAAUUAGGGGUUUUGCAAUAUUUUGCCUGCAUUUGAAGUAAAGUGAAAACUGUCAUUUUUGCCAAGGAUGUAAAUUUGAGUAAACUGGUAGAAAUGUUGAAGAUUUGCCCAUGCUGCAAAUAUGUAUCAAAUUUGUAUCAAACCAUUACAUUUACUUCACUUUUGCGUAUCAAUACCUAUCUAGCAAAUAUAUGUAUUUGCCCACACUUUAGCCGACAGCGCAAAUGUAAUGCAAAUUUGGAGCUCCAAAUUUACCACAUAUUUGCACCUUUCGCAAACAUUAGUAAAUCCGUUUUUUCGUCCAGUGUUUAUUCCAAUAACUUUACACAAAUGCUGGUCACUUCAGUAGAAGCGCUCUGUAAAGCACACACAGAUUUCCUCUCACUAUACAUUUUCCUUGUCUUUUUUUUGUGCAUACGUAGUUGAUGGGCGGUGGUCCGACUGGGAUGGAUGGAGCACUUGUUCUGCCACUUGCGGUGGUGGAAUCCAGAAUCGAUCCCGAACCUGCACCAAUCCUCCUCCAGCGUAUGGAGGAAAAGAUUGCUUAGGAACCAAUCAAGAAUUACAAUCAUGCAAUCAAAACCCAUGUCCAGGUUUACAUAUCUUUCAUUUCAUCAUUCGUAUGAAAGUGUAGUCAAACCUCUCUGCAGCUCUUCUAUAUAUAGAUAGCUUCUACCACUCGUGGUCCCCAAUUUCCCUAUUGCUUUGAUCACGACAAGCUUACAUGCCAUCGUUAAUUAAUUAUCCACCAUAUAUGCUCAUCUCAAUGCACGUAUCUUGCCUCUUUCAUUCGAACCUUUUCUUUUAGCAAAUUUCGAUUCGAAAAUCAUGAUCUUCCCCUGAAGAUUUCAUCUGACUUCGAAUUUCGGAAAAAAAUCUCUCUGAUAUAAUUGACUUCCCUGUGAUCUUAUAUUAAUCGCCUUCUUUCCUUUUGGGUUAUAUUUAUAUUCAGUUCUCGAAUGACUAUAAUUUCAGACGCAUUUUUUGAAAUAUCCGUCCAAUUCUUUGACGAGACAAACGACAGAAAAUAACUUAAAAAUAAAAACACGUGAUUUUUUUUCUCAUUUCUCUUUUUCCUUUGCCAUGGAAAACAGUCGACGGUAAGUGGAGCGAUUGGGGGGAUUGGAGCACUUGCAGUUUACCAUGCGGAGGUGGAACGCAAGACCGUUUACGAACUUGCACCAAUCCUCCACCGGCCUUUGGCGGCGCGCAGUGCACUGGAGAAAGUAAAGAAAUUCGGUCAUGCAACAGUCAACCAUGUCCAGGUAAAAAAGAAAUGCUGAUUCAGUACUUGCUUCUCUUAAUCUAGUGUUUCCUCAUUACAGAAAGACGAGGCGUGAGCAAAUUUAAACGAAAGCCAAACGAAAUUCUCGAUUUCCGAAUACUCCUAAGAAGCUCUAAGAUAACCGAAUACUUCCCACAUCGGCGAGAUUUGAAGACCGGACAAUCUUUCUAAAAUUGAAUUUUUCUAGUUUAGAUUUGAAAAAUAAGGCUGUGUUGAUUUGCAAUUAUCAUGUCACGUUCAUUUUACACUUUCAGAGUCCUUAUUUUAAGUGACAGUAAUGAUGCACAGUAUUGCUAACUUUUGAGUCUGUGGACGAAGUUAUUUGAUAUGGCCAUUCAAAUGAAAUUCUCGCGUGGGUAAUUUGGCAUUUUUUAAUUGCAGCAACACAAAGAAGUGAAAUAUAUUUUUCAACCCUCCAUUUUAGAAAUCUUUAUUUCCAUAUUUUACCCCUCAAUUAGUUUAAUAUUCUGUUUUGGUCAGAAACCAGUCUUGUUCCUGUCCUUACCACACAACAGCCAGUAAAUCUGCAUUUUUCCUUUUUUUUUCACUUUUAUUUUUGUCCUUUUGUAAUUAUUUUUUUGAUUUAUUUUUUGUGGCGUUUCAAUAAAGAAAAAAUUCUAUUUAGCAUUCCUUUGCGCGAAUAUCUGUCAAAUUUCACAAAAAUUCAAUCUAACCAAUUGAAGUAUUCCUCCACAGGUGAUGGCAGCUGGGCAAGGUGGAAAGCGUGGAGCUCAUGCAGUGCAACAUGCGCAGGAGGAACUCAGAGCAGGUCUCGAACUUGUACCAACCCCCCUCCAAUCCAUGGUGGAAAAUAUUGCCCCGGAAGUAGCGAGCAGACUCAAUCCUGCAAUAACCAACCUUGUCCAGGUAAGGCGAUCCUAAGAUCAAUCAUGAUAUCAGCUGGACCGACUCUGUAGCUUUUUACAUAGGUGACCAUCUUAUAAAGGGUCAAAGACAAUGAACGAUGAGCAGCAGGGACCAACCUCAGUCGUUCUAUUGCAGGGAGGUACCUAUGUCACAGAGGUGUCCGUUAAGACGGAGAUGGGCACCUUAUUGUGGAAUGCUAUUUGUAAAAUGAGAGAGUCAAAGUACUCUUACAAUUACACUGAAGUUGACAGGUCUUAUAUGAUAAUCUUGUCAAAUGGAGCUGACAAGUGUCAAAAUGUAAGCGAAUAUCUAACAUAAAAAACAACGACUUUAUUUCAUGAAAAUCGCACGAAAAAAGCAACAAAUUAUCCUUGAUGUGCUAUGCAGGCUCAUUUAUUGGAGUGAAAAACCUGCUUAAUUUAUGUUCCUUUUGUCGCGACAGCCUUCUUUGAAGUUAUCACUGAGAAGGGUUGGGGUGAGUUGAAAUAGGGCAAAAGAAGGGUACGAGGUAGAGAUUCAGAUGGGGAAUGAAAAUACAAAAUAGUUUUCUAUCGAUAGUGGACUAGAGAUGUGAAACAUUGCGUAGAAGUAAUUUUGACCCCCUAAUUUCCUCAGUCUGACUCAGCUUAACUUUCUGUAGUGGACGGAAAUUGGACCGAGUGGAGAGCUUGGGGUCCCUGUUCCUUGACUUGUGGAGGAGGAUCUCAGGAUCGAACUCGAUCUUGUACCAAUCCGCCACCAGCUUUUGGAGGAGCAAACUGUGUUGGCAAAAGGAAAGAAUUUCGUGUAUGCAAUAACAUCCCGUGUCCAGGUGUUGUAAAGUCAAUUUUUAUUUUUUAUAUUCAGAAAUGCACCCAACUCCGACCUCGGGACUUUAUAUUAGACACAUUUUUUUGUAUUUUUCUUAUGUCCUUAUGUUUGACAAAACUGCCCUGGGGUACUCCUGGGAAUUCUUGGUGAGGGUGUGCCGUCUCCAAAUCCUGACCCUAUUUCAGACCAAAAAAUGCAAUUUUCCACACCCGUUUUCAGAAAAAAAUUCUUCAAAUUCAUUUCGAAUUCGCAUGUUUCUCUUUCUUUCUUACUCAUUUGGAAUUGAAACGAUAAAUACGUUCAUAAACGCCCGUGCUUUCCUUGAAAACCAUAUCCGAUUCCAGACCAAAAUGGGCAAAGCGUAUCCGUUUUCAGACCAAAACGGCGUAAAACCCGUAGCCGAUGGGGCGGCACAUACAUAUAUAGAUUAUAUAAGGGAGUACUCCCCCUCCCCCCCUGGCAAAAGUGCUUGCGUUUCGUCGAAGAUUAUGGCAAGGGGUCACUUUGUAAUAUCUGUCAUAAAAUGCUAACGGUCAUAUGGGGAUACACAAAACCUAAUACAUCUCCAUUUCCAGCAGAUAAACUCCAUCCUAUUCAAUUUCUAAUCACAGCACACGAGCCAGUGAGCAACGUCUAACUUUGCUUUUGAUUUUAAGUUGAUGGUGCAUGGUCCAGGUGGAAGCCUUGGGGCACCUGCACUCUACAAUGUGGAGGAGGAACGCAAACCAGGAACCGAGAUUGCUCUGACCCACGACCUGCCCAUGGUGGUAGAGACUGCCCUGGAAGAUCUCGUGAAGUCCGUCCAUGUAAUACACAGCCAUGCGCAGGUGAAUGACUCAUCUAAAACAUGUCGCACAUGAUUCUUAGUCAUGCGUCAAAAGGAAACUUCCCUUACUGAAUUUAUUCUUAAUUUGACGUGAUGUGCCAAAAAAAUCUUCUUCAAGACAAGCAGAGGCAAUGGCAAUGAGCAACCUUCCAUAGAGUCUUGUGAUGUGGGGACGUUUUUUUCUAUUUUCUACAGACUUUCCUCAUUUUGACUACUGAGUCCUUACUUGAGUGUGAGAGGAGUUCGUAAGCCAAACGUGUGUGAGUUAAGCCUUAAACUCUCGCACUAAGGUCGACUUUAAUGGCAAUGGUGUCUCUCUGCGCUCUUAGAAAAGUCUUAGUGUUCGUCUGAGAGAUGUAUUUAUCUUUUAGAGACAAAAGGAAAUGAUCGGUAGAUUCGAAAGGCAGGGACGAACUUCAAAGGGUUUUGAAGUUCCCGGUCCCAUGGUUUUGUAGUUUAAGAGAGAGUCGAGAAAUAGUUUAAAAACUUGUCUGGUUGGCAAGGUUUUGUAAUUUAGACCUAUAUUUUACUUUCUAUUUGAAGCAUAUUGAAUUCAUAUGUAAAAUUUAAAGUCUCCGUAAUUGGACUGUUUUGAAUCAUACAGCAAGUCUUUCAAAGCAUUGUUUAUGGUUUGCUGCUUGAUUUUCAUGUUCAUCCAUUUCGUGCUUUGUGGAAACACAAAAUUUUAGCGCGUAUUAUGAUGUAAUUUGACGUGAUGUCGUCUCACCAUGACGUCAUACUGAUGAACUUAUGUAUUUUUAUCGUCUAAAGUUGAUGGUAACUGGACGGCGUGGAGGGCCUGGGGACGAUGCUCACGUACUUGUGGUGGUGGAACUCAACAGAGGACUAGAUCUUGCACCAAUCCUCCACCAGCCUUUGGUGGCGCAGGAUGUACUGGACCACGAAGCGAGACACGAAGUUGUAAUGAAGAGCCACAGUGCCCAGGUAAUGAAAUUCAAUAAAAACUGGUCGCUUUAAUUUUCAGUUUUAUUCAUUCAGCCAUCCAACAAGAAAAAGUUUAUUCAGUGGAAUCUCGAUUUAACGAACCUCUACAUGAUGAAGUCCUCGGUAUAACGAACGAUUUUGUUUGCCCCAGUAAUUGUAAUUCCUCACUAAAAUAUAUAGAACAGAACAUCGAUAUAACGAAACCUCGGUUAAAGCCUUUGAAUUCAUUAAACUGAUCAAAUCCUAAACGCCUAAAACUUUACAGUUGAUCGUUUAUUCAUGUGAUCAUUAGUUUUCAUUGACUGUUAAAGCGUUGACUCUUGUUUAAGCUUUGACAUAUUUUUUUCUCUCUUCUAUGCGAUUUUUAUCACUCUUCUGUUUCUUCAGUUCCCGGAGGAUGGGCCCAAUGGAGUCGCUGGGACGCUUGUUCGGUGACCUGUGGAUCGGGGACGCAGUUUAGGUAUAGAACUUGUACCAAUCCUCCACCUUCCCAUGGAGGAGCACAAUGUUCUGGUCAGAGUCGGCAACUCUACUAUUGUGACAGAAGGCCAUGCCCAGGUAAAACAGAUCUUAAGUUUUGUGUUUUAUCAUUAGAAAUUGGAUAAGCCAGCAAUCAGUUCAAUUCAAUUUAAACACGGUAAACGGCUCAGAAAGCUGGUUUUCAGGCAUGCUGUGUAACAAUUACAAGUAAGGCUAUAAAUACUAAAACUACUGAUUAACUAAAAAUAAUUAAUUAAGCACUAGGAUUUGCAAUUUAAUAUCUCUUCCUAUUUACUCUUAUAAAAGUAAAUAUCGAGUUUUAAGUAAGAAAUAUUUAUUUAGAUACAAUAAAAUAGUAAUAAUAAAUAAAAAAUAAAAAUAAACAAGAAGUUAUCAUAUUAAUGUCCCGCGUACAAUGAUGGGAUGUCUCUUUUUUCCCUCCAAAACUUACAUUAAAUCAACAUUGCCAUUUUAAACAAUGCCGAUCAAUAUCAAUUAAUAUAUCAAUUUCGAAAUGCUUGCUCAACUCGUUACUCUUCUAACUCCUUAGUUUACGUACUCUGAUUAUGGCCAUCACUACUUUUUCUUUCAUAUUGCAGUUGAUGGGAAAUGGUCGCGGUGGGGACGCUGGACACGAUGCUCGGCAACAUGCAACGGUGGAAAAAAGAAGCGCUCCAGGACCUGCUCUAGACCCUAUCCCUCUAAUGGUGGAAAAGAUUGUGAAGGGGAAAGGGUUGAAGUUAAGAAAUGUGAUAACGAACUAUGUGCAGGUAAUAGUAGCACAUAAUUUGUGAAGCAAUGUUCACUGGUGUUGAUCGUGUUGGCUCAGCUAUUGGUUGUGCCUCCUUUCGCUAUUUUUCUCAAAAUUGGCACUUGAAACGAGUCACCCUUUCAGUAAAAAACUAAAGUUAAGUCGCUGUAAGCAAUGUUACUAAAAGGUACGUUAAAUUAUUGGUUUUGUAAAACGAAUUGAACUAAGAAGACUAAUCAGGGGCACCCAACGAGGAUAUAGUUCAAAACCACUUAACAUAGCACUGUUGAACGUAUUUUAGUAUUCAAACGGUAGAUAUAGGCAUAUUUUUAUCCCCUAAAAACUUUUCAUCUGUUCGGAUUUCCUAGCUGAAAGUCCAGUGAUCCGAAAAUUAUAGGGAUAAAAACAUACCUUCUCGAAAAUCUUAGCCAGGAAAAGGCUCUCGAAAAUUUUAGGUGGCCUUUUUUGGGGUCAAAAUCCGUUAAAAAUGGGUAAUUAUACCAUUUUGUAGAUGUUCGAAAAUCCUAGGAGAGACCGGGCAAGCAAGAAAUUUUACAACAAAUGCUCCGAAAACUCUAGAUCUCAAAUCGUCUUCCGAACAGAUAUUUUCCCAAAAAUUGCCGUUGGAUGCCCCUGACUAAUGCGACAGUGCGAGUAGUUAGUGCAGUAGUGGGCAGUAGUUCAACGAAUUUCGCCAACUUUGUGUACAAUGCAGAGGAAAUGAGCUAUUGCUGUACCUCGACCUGCGCCUAAAGGGGCCUCGAAUGUCACGUGGUGGUUGACAACUUGGGGGUGCCUAACUUUGAGAUGAUCAGCAUCAGGAUCAGUGAUCCGAGAUCAAUCGAAUCAUGUUAGAUCAAAUGAACCGAUGAAUCCACUCUGGACAAGGAUUUAUCGGUUCAUUUGAUCUACAAUGAUCGGAGUGAUCUCGGAUCACUGAUCCUGCUCCGGAUCAUCCCAAAGGAACGCACCCUGGGUAUUUGUGGCAUGGCCUGUAGUCCGUUGUUAACACUCUUUUCCUGAUUAACAUACAGUUCAUGGAAACUGGGGCCGAUGGAGUAGCUGGAGCGCUUGUUCCAAAACGUGUGGUGGAUACGGAAGAAGGACAAAAGUUCGUCAAUGUAACAGUCCCCCACCUGCAAACGGAGGAAGAAUGUGCCGCGGUAGUAGUUCGUCAUUUGUGUUCUGCUAUGCGCCUUUACGAUGUGAAGGUAAGCUUCUCACAAAUUCUAUAAUAUCUCACGGGCACAGUGGACCAAUAUAAGAGCCAGAGAGCUGUCGAUUCAAGACAAUGGAUUCUGUCAUGUGUUACGUCAAGAGGAGAUUUUGGGAGGGAGUGAAGGAUGGGUACUUGCUUUUGGUCUAAACGUUACCAAUUACCACUUGGUAACGACAAAUAUGGCUGUUAUACAGUGAUACAUGUCAUUAAAGUUGGCAUUUGUUCAGAAGCAGUAACAUCAUAUCUAAUGAAAAAAGUAGUCCUCUAAGAGGACAUGUUAUUAAUAAUAGACGUUUUCUAGGACCGAUGGCCGGUAUGAUUUAUAACCCAUGUAUGGAUGUCAAACAAACACCUUGAUAUAUUAACGAUCCCGUCGUCCAAAUAAAAAACUUUCCGAAACAACUCAGAGUCCUACAAGAUUCUUCGAACAAAAUAUUUUUCCAUAUUCGGUGACUGAAAGCUGUGCCUUGUUAAAUGAUAAAAAAGAUACUCAAAAGAUUGUCCAUUCUCGUCAAAAUAUCCAAACGAGUCAUUUCGAACUACAUGAGAAAACGACUGCAAUACCCAAACUGAUCAGCAUUCUGAGAGCCACGUUAUCUUAUUUUUUGCCGAUUUUUGUUUCUUACUCUUUUUUAUUCGUCCGUCUACUUUGUCAAUAAUUAAUAUCCAAUAAUAAAGCCGAAGGAAACGAUAUGCUACACAUCUUCAUUAACAAUUUAUUUUUGUUACGUAAUGUUCUUUAUUUUUCUCUCUUUUAGUGAAAUGCAACCUGCCUCUUGACGUUGCAGUCUUGAUGGACUCCUCAGGAAGCAUCUCAAGAAGAAACUUCCAAGUUUUUAAACGUUUUAUCAAAAGCAUCAUAACGGGAUUUGAAGUUUCAGAGGAUCACACCCAUAUUGCUAUAAUUGAAUACAGCACCAAGGCUUCGGUACAACUAAAGUUUAAUGACUUUACCGGAAGAGCCCUUAAUCGGAACAACGUAAAAGGAAGAGUAAACAGAAUCCCACACAGGCGAGGUAAAACUUUCAUCGACAGAGCCCUACGUUUAGCAAAUGAGGAGGUGUUUACCGAAAAAGCAGGAAUGAGGGAUUGGGUCAAAAAGGUAAUUUUCUAUUGACUUCAAGAUCUAGACGGGCAAAAUAGCCUGAAUUUCAUCCGAUUUCUUCGAGUCGUUAUUACUCCCUCAGUAACGUCUGAAUCGACCGGCCGUUAAUGCCGUCCAGUGACGUCACUACUCCUUUGCUUUAAUUCAUGCAAAAAGUAAAACACGAUUUUCAAGUGUUAAACCAAGAAAUAUCGUUUGGAAUGUCCACAUGAUACAGAACAGCUGACAGAAUUGCUUUACUCUUUUCGAUCGUAAUUCAUGUUUAACGUUCAAACUAUUAACUGCAUGCAGUAGAUCUGCAGUACUCUGAACCGGUGGUAAUUCAAACUCGGUCGCAAUCACGCAAUGAAAUAAAUACACACACGGAACGCUUAGUUCAAAAACAUAACAAUUUCCUUUAUUUGAAAAGAAGCUAUUUGGUCCUUAACGAAGAAAAAAGAAAACAAGGAAACAAGAAAGAAAAGCUAACAGAAUUAUUACACUUGACGCUGAAAAUAGCCAGAGGGUCGAAUGACAACAUGUCAUAUUAGUCGCAGAAACUUCGCAUAAACAAAAUCACUGCCGAAAACACAAAGCGGCUUUAGAUGAAAAACCUACCGACUCUCCGCAAUAAUUCCUCAUUCGCAGUUUAAUCUAGCAAUACAGUUUCGAAGACAUGGGCAGUUUUGCUGUUUACGAUAAAGAUUAUCGAAAUGUUUGAACUCCACGUAAGCAUGCCAUGGAUGCGAUCCGCUGAAUAUCAAGCGACAAUCCCGCUAAAAUGUCUCGUGAUUAUACAUAAUUACGAGAAUGUUUAGACAAUCAACCAAUCAAAAUCACUACCCGGUUUUCGGGAAGUAGUGACGUCACUGGACGGCAUUAACGGCUGGUCGAUUUAGACGUUGUCGAGAGGAGAAAACGACUCGAAGCAAUCGGAUGAAUUUCAGGCUACGGGCAAAAGGCAUCACAAAAAAGCCCAGAGAAACUGAAGUCUGUGUAAUUAAUAUAUGGACAAAAUUUUGGGACAAAUCUAUGCGCGAUUUGUCAGCCACGAGAGGAAAGAAGUCUGCACAAUUGAAAUGAGCUGCCCACAGAUUGAGAGUAGAGCUAAGAAAGACGAGGAAAAGACACUCAAGUAUAUGGGCCCAUGAUGUGGGAGCUGAAGCAGAGAUACAAUGGUUACAGGGUUGAACAGUACAACGUAAUAAUUGACGUACUGGGUGGUUACUCUAAACACCUAAAGAAGUCGGUGAGGAAGCUCCUUGGAGCGAGAGCACGGGGCGUACUUGAGCGGAUGCAUAAGUCGGUCAUCUCCAACACUUUAAACAUUGCCAGAACGUUUAAGAUAAAUACUUAGUUAGGGCGCUAAGGACUCCAGUUUCUAGUUUUUUUUUUCCCUAGAAAUCUAGAAACACAAGUUUGCUGAUGUUUUUACUUAGAUUUUUUAGAGUAUUAGAGUUUGAUAUUAUUUUAAAUAGGCUUUUAGUAGAGGUAACCACUUGAUGAUGGCCUCGUUUAGAUAUAUAAGUAUAAAUGAGAGUAUAAAAACUGAAUAAUUUUCUAAAUAGGCUUCUUGUAGAGAUAAUUAUAUCACCAUGUCUUUGCGUAGGUUUUACAGGGUAUAAGAAUUUAAUAUUAUUCUAAAUUGGUUUUUUAAGUAGAGAGACUCAUAUCAUUAUGUAUAUUAGGAUCGUAUUAGGUUUCGUACCCACCUUUUUUCACUUCUAAGUAUAGCUUCUCACGUGGUGUAGGUUACGUUAUGCGCCCUAUACUACUCAUAAUGUGGACAGCAUUCCAAAGUUUUAUACUGCGAAAUAAUAAUAAUAAUAAUAAUAUUUCUGGGAAGGUACCUGUCCAUCAAAUAAAAAACUUCCCUGGUACCGCAGGGCCAAGGAUUGGCCCCGGUUCUAGGAGAGUGUAGGAAGGAAUAAAUAGCGUUGAAAACGUUUACAAUGAUAAUAAUAAUAAUAAUAAUAAUAAUGAUAAUGAUAAUGAUAAUGAUAAUGAUAAUGAUAAUGAUAAUAAUAACAAUAAUAAACAAACAUUUGUCCAAAAUGGCAUAACAAUGUUCAAACCCGACUUGCUGGGGUUAAACCAGUUGAUUGUUUACAAACAUGGCCAGGAAGUUGAUUUUGCUAUUACCGAAAGACAAAUCUUCGGGCCACUCAGGGCAUACUGAUUACACACAAUAGUUUUUAAUUAUUGAUUUAUACACUUAAUUUCUAACGUAAAUAACCGAUAGUGUGCUGUACGUUCACGUUAUAGGUUGCUUUUGUAAUGACCGACGGAGAACAAACAAAGGAUCCAGAAGCUACAAAGAGCGUCAAUGAGAUUCUCGCUGAAGCUGUCCAACCUCUGAAGGAUAAGGGCGUUCGCGUCAUCACACUUGGAAUCGGUAAAAAAGUCAACAAAGAAAGCUUACAGACCAUAGCGACUGGUGACUUCGUAUUUUACGCGUCAUCUUUUAACGAACUCAGGAAGAUGGUGAAGCAGUUGAAGAAAGGAACUUGUCCGAGUAAGUGAAGGCAGCAACUUUACAUGUGAUUGUUAAAGGGGCUGUGUCACGGCAGUCUAGUUCAUUUUGUUUAAUUUUGCCAAUUACUCGCGCUCAAUCGCUAUGGAACUUAAAGUAAGCAAAGAAAUUAAAUGUAAAUGACAAAAUCAGAGAUCCGUGACAGACAAAUAUAUCUCCUGAGCAUUAUUUUUGAAGUUGCAAGCAGCAGAGAUCAACUUUGAAAAACUGUUAGGUUGAACAGUUAUCAAAAACACUAAUUUCAAUCCGUUUCAAUCUUCUUCAGUUUUGCCCAUCCGUGGCAUCUGUUGCCAGUUUCUGUUAUGUUAUUUUAACCUUCCUUUAAAGUUUUAAAUGGUUAUUUUUACAUAUCUCUUAAUUUAACGGGCAUUUUGUAAUUUCCUAAGUUGGCUGAAUUUCUUGACACAGCUCUUUUAACUCUUAUAGUGGAGGCUCUCCUAACGCACACUCUCUUAACGCACACUCUCUUAAGCGGACUACUCUAACUUACGGCCGCCUUCGUAAAACCCCGUUUUUCUCAACUCCUAUACAAACUGUAUAAUUUACAUACCCGUAAGCGGCCAGCUUCAGUUACGGAUACCUUUUACGCGUCCCAAGAUGACCCCUUACGAGAGCCUGGGCCGAAUUGAAAGUUCUUAUUUUUGAGGCGAGUCGGUUACGGUUGGUUUGCCUGCGCGACUUUUUGUUUGGGUAACUCAGUUAGUUAAUAACUACAAAUUACAAAUUAGUUUGGGAAUUAAUUAAACAAAAGUUUUAGAUCCAGCGAGGUUUAAAAAAGUGACACGCCCUACGGACUCGCCCCCCUCCCCGCCCCUCGCUCUCUUCCUGCCUUGAGGAAUAAAACCGACUGGUUUACUAGUUUAUUAACUAAAGUUUCUAUACCUGAUUGUUACUUAAUUUAUCGAUAUUGGCGAGUCAGUAUUUCACAGGGUUUCAUUUUCACGAUUCACUUUGCAAAUAUGAAAAGGGCCUUGAAUCAACCUCGUCCCCAGGGAGCUUUUCCCUGGCUUUGGAGGUGGGGUUGAAAAGAACCCUGGGGACGAGGUUGGCCUUGAAUUUCGCGAUUCAACCAUCCUCAAGUUCAUUUCAUUUUCUAGAAGCCUAAAUUUAUUAAAAUCUCUAUAAAAAAUGGAACAUGCAGAACGAAUUUUUAAAUAUUCUCUACAUCUAGAUUUUCUACUCAUGAUAUGACAGCAUGGAUUAAUUUUUUUUAGCCAUGCAGGUCAAAUUCUAACUGAUUGUUGGCUGGCAGUGGGGUUCUAACACCGAGAUUAUUCUGUUGUCAUAAACUCGCACCAAAGACCCCUAGGAAAAGAAUCUCUCCAUAUAAAGGAAUCCUGGAUUCAGGAAUCCAGGAAAAUUUUGUCUUUCUUUCUUUCUUUUUUUCUUUUUUUUUCUUUUGGCAUCCGGAAUCCUGGGUUUUGGAUCCGAAAUACAGCUUAAGGAAUCCAGAAUCCAGGAUCUACUGACAACGAAUCCAUGUUCCAGAACUUAGUAUUUGGAAUCCAGAAUUCAGCACUGACCUGGAUUCCCUUAUAUGGGGCGAGAAGAACUAUCAGAUUGUCGCUCAGUUCAUGACUUUCUUUUUCUUUCCUUUUUAGUUUCCGCAGCGGGAUACAGAUACCCAAGAUAUCAGUAGAUAACAUGGCCAAGAGAUUAUAGAGGAUUCUGUCCAACUGCAGGCUACUAAAGUGGAAUUGAGAAUACUUUAUUGAAGGAGCUGUGUCUCGAAACUUAUCAAAUUCAAAAUCUGUACAAACUGCAACCAAACUGAGUGAAAUAUUAAAAAUAACCGCAUGAAACGUUAAAGAAGAUAUAAAUAACCAGACAUAACACGAGGAGGCAUGGACGGACAAACCUGAAGAAGAUUUAAACGGUUGCAAUAAGCAUUUUUGAAAACUUGACCUAACAGGUUUUCAAAGUUGUUUUCUUGUUUGUAAACGUUUGAUAUAAUGCUUAGGAGACAUAUUUGUUUGACACGAAGCCGCCAUUUUCAUAGUCAUUAACGAGUUAUUUCGGUUAAUUUCCAAGGCCAAAUAAGGACGAGUAAUUGGUAUUAUACACAAAAUGAACUAGACACAGUCCCUUUGAAAAGAACUGAGUAAAUGUCUGUUUUAACGUCAUUGUACAACACACAUCAGAAAGUACUGUUUAAGGCCGCCUUCACUUGGUGUAUAAAGAACAGGAACACCUUGCUAGUUCACUGUUGUUCAGUUAUAAUUAUAAUCUGCGGUGCCGCUGUAUAUGACACGCACGAAGCCGGAACGAGUAUGAUACGGAUACUAAAACAGCUGACUAAAAUACUCAGUAGUGUCAGUAGUGUUUUGCACCUUGGUUGUGUAAAAUAUCAUGAGGAAAAUGAUAUGUUUUAUUAGCAGAUUUAUUACUGGCCAAGGAUGAGAUCAAAUUAAAACAGUAAAACAAAAGAAGAGAAAAGUAAAAUGAAUUAACGAAAAGAUUUUUAAGGGUACGUUAUUGGGUAAACGCAUAAAGAAAAAAUGUAAUUUAAGUUAUAGCGUUUGCUGCUUCUGGAAAUAUAAAUAAACGCGUGUUGAAAAAACGUAUCAUCUGCAAAUAUACUUUAUAAAAAAAUAAACUAGCCUACAAGAGGUAGUUGCUAUUCGACGUUUUCCGUUACUUGAUAAAACUGAACACUCUCGCCAGAUGAAGGUAAAAACGUGUCUUUGCAAAGUUACUGCACGCGGAACCCAAGCACGCGAGCGGCGAAGCCACGAGCUGCGAUAAACCACAGGGAGCCCGCACAAUCUGUUUGUGUAGCCGAUUGUUAUUUUAUAGUAAAUGUUCUGGAUUUACCGUUUGCCUCACCUAUAGCGAUAUGUCGCUAACUAUGUAUAUAAAUCAAUGAUAAAUAAACGUUGAAUUACCUGACCUGUAGUAUAUAGUCGUCCUUUUACCUCAAAAGCGGUUUUUUGAGCGAUUUUGAAGGCGUUUGAACAGUCAACGGCGAAAUCCAACUCCUUCAAAAUCGCUCAAAAAGCCGCUUUUGAGGUAAAACGACGACUAUAUACCACAGCCGAUUGUUAUUUUAAAAAAUAACAAUCGGCUACACAAACAGAUUGUGUGGGCUCCCUGUGGAUAAACGAGGGCGUAAACCCGAGAAGGAAAAUAAGAGACCGUCUUUUCUCGUCAUUUGUCUCGUCUGGUCCCAAUCUCUUAGUCAAUUAUUGUAACAUAACGACGUGUUGCAAUCGCGCUGGUUGAGAUAAGAACUAGACGGAUGGUGUUCGAGCCAUGUGGCCCAAAAUUUGGAAUUUUCGUUAGCGCUCUGCAAUUCUCAUUACUGUUUUCUCUCCGCAGAUUUUGUUAGGUCAUAGUUGUUGAUAUGAAGUGAUUGACGAUGAUGGGAAAAAAUGAUGGAAUACAGCUUCCCACGAGGCUUCAUCCCGCAUGUCGAGUCGCGUCUCCGUGCGGGUCCGAUUUCCCGACGCAUGCUAACCAGUUUCUGUCUCCUCUUCCGGACAACUUAAGUAUCUCUGACGAUCAAGGCAACAUAAAAUUGCAAAAUGAAGCCUAAUUUCUGUUGUCUCAUUAUCACCUAAAGUUUAGUUGUUUUUUUCGACAUGUUACCCUCUACCCUUGACCCUUGACGGGAAGAUAGUGCUCUCUCAGCAGUACACCAGUACCCAGACUAGAUUCUGGCAACCUACUAGAGUCGGAUUUCGCGCAUAUUCAAUAUUCUAAAAUUUUAACCGGUCCUAACGCGAAGGAAUUGUCUUGAGCGAGUUUGGAAAGACUGGAAAGAGACCGCCCCAAAAUAUAUAUAUAUAUAUUUGUCGUUCUUCGUGCUAGAAUUUUGAGGCCGGUGCUUUGACCUUGCUUGGAAAGAAUUUGAAAAACAAAAACAAAAAGCACAGGAAAAACAAAAGCAAUAGCACUCCGACUGAAUGUUUGGCAGUAUUUUUCUUUCUUUAUUUAAAAAAUAUCACUUGGGAAGCCAGCACGUUUCCUUUGGUUUUUUGAGAAUCUGGCGAGUCAUUUUAAAUAAGCACAGCAAUUGUUUUCUUUUCAUUUAACACUUACAAGUACUGUCCGAUAUCAAACAGUCGCGCUGUGAAAUUUCACUUCCCGUCGCAAAAGAUAAAUCAAAGGCUCGAGUAGUGAUAUGAUUCUAUUUAGGUGCUUCAUACGCGCGUCGAAGGGUUUAUGUAAAAUUUUGGGACUGGGUUUUUACAAAAAAAAAACCCAGUUGAGCUAAUCACUUUCCUGCCUAGAAUCUAAUAAAACGGAAAGAGCGGAGACUAAUUUUUACAUACAUCGCUAUUUUCUGUUUUAAAUCUUCUCAAAAAUGUGGGGUUUAAGAAGCACUGGUUUUAUAGGUAAAACAAGCUGACGUAAGCGAAUUCACUUUCGAAAAUAAUCAUUUGGUGUGAAAGUAGGGACAAACGAGCGGACGCUACGUCCGGUUUCUGGCCUCAAACGAUACCGAGAAAUUGUCAAUUUUUUCGCACUUUUUGCCUAUUGGAUAUAUUAGCAAUUGAAUGGGAUUCCUCAAACAAAGCCGGCUUGUUGAAUAUCGAACAAGGCAGUAUCGGGUUACGUAUUGCAGGAGCUUCAGUGAAAGGUUGUCUGAUUGAAAUUACAUCUUCGUCCACUGGCAGGCAAGCCGUCUUAGGGAAGUCAUAAUCCUGGCUUCGAGAUAAGAGGCUGGAGAUCAAAACGUUUUUUGCCCUAAGCUAUGAAACAUCUCAUCUUCAUUUCGCUGGUGCUAACACUUAUCGCCGAGUCUCGUGGACGUAAGUAACAGCUCUCUCUUAUGCUUAGUAAUUUAAAAGCAAGUCAUUACACGCAAUCAGCGCCCUUGUUUACGCGCGUCAACCACCAUCUACUAGUAUUUUCAAUUCAGGCGGAAACGUUCGAGGAAUGUGAUAGUUUUUUGUAAUUCGGCAAGAUUUAAAAGAUGUGCAAUUGGACGUUGAUUGACUAAGAUUUAGUUUUGCCCAAGUACGUGAACAGAGAAGAAGGAUCACGUCACAAUACAACACUUCGGGUUGGGAAAUGACAGGAAAUCGUUUAAGGAACGACGAAUUUCUUUGGUGAUUUGACGAGUAUUAAAAGCUGUAGCGGCUCACGCGUCUAAUUAUAAUUCCAAGCGAUUUAAACAGACAGAUUUAAGUGUUGAUAACCGGACAGUAGAUCAGUGUACAGCUGUAGUGUCGAAAUUCUGCUGACAUCAUUCUUCAGUAUUUAUUUCUCCAGUUUUUUUCUCUUUUAUGUUUUUGAUAUGGUUAAGAUUGCCCAAGAACUGACUCUUUAAUUACUCAUAAUCGUUUGUGUAAAAUGUUAGCUUUUCAUGACUGAAUCGAAGGUCAAUUCAGUGACACUGUUGAAGUGUCAUUUUUCGCUGUAUGACCCCUUUCGCUCGCGCACGUUUGCUACGAAAUCUUGUGUGACUGUGUUUAUGUCUAACUUUAUCAGGAGAAUCGCGUAUAAUCUAGUUUUAAGAGGUUAAGAUGAUUUAAAUAGAUCAUCUAGCUGGGAUUUAUAAAGUGCAAGGAAAAUAACAAGUACUAAAAAUAACACUAUGAAAGGUUUAGGCAAGAGGAUAAAUGUCUAACAGAUGCGUAGCCUGCGUAGCAAGCGUUUCCUCGCGAGGUUCGUUUGGAAAGCUGGGACAAGAGCAAAAAAAUAUAUGACGGUUUUUGCUUCCGCUCUAACUUUCGCGCAAUAACUCGAUUGGAAACGCUUGCUACCCAGGCUAACAGAUGCGUGAAGCGCAGUGGUUCAAGUCUGUGUAAAUAUGCAGGGUGAUAAGCAUGUAAAGAAAACAGGGGCACCCAACGACUGUGUUCUGUAAAUAGGUCUUCAGAGAAGCAAAUAUUGCCUAGAAUUUUCUAUUACUUGAGGACGUGUGAUUUACAUUCAUAAAAGGAUAAAAUGCAUCUAAAAUUUUCGGGAAAAUAAUACCGAAGCCCUUGUAAUUUCGAAAAUACUCAAAGUCCCCUAGCAUGAACGAACAGAAUCUAUGCCGCGUAGAAAGUAUUUCUAGAGAUCUAAAACUACUGUGGAUAGCAUAAAAAGGUGUUCAAGGUAUUUAGAAGGAAAUCGUCAUUGGGUGCCACUGAGAAAAGGACAGCUGCGAGGUUUAUGUACACAUAGCGCAUGCAAGCGCGAGUGAAGUGGGGAAGGUGUCAACUCCGGGGGGACUCCCCUUCAGCGGGUCGCCGGGGGUUGGAAGCACAGGGGGCCGACAAGUUGUUGCAACCGUGCUUAUAAACCUGGGAAAAAAUAGCCUGCGUGGCGUUUGAAAGGGAAGGGAAAGAGAGUUUUAGGCGCGAGAGAAACGCAAGGGGCGCGCAAGGAGGGUGGGAAGCGUUUUUUCGUAUGCUCCGCUGGAUUCAAUUCGAGAGCCAGCAAAGUGUUUUAAAUUUUUCUCAGACAAACAUUGCAUGCAAGUUGCGACGUCCAGCACGCUUCCUUCAGCAAACGACGUGAUAGAUUUAUGAUGGAUUUCAUAUAACAAGCCAGGCAUCGUUGCAACUUUCUUCUUUCAACGGACGACCGCAUUUUGAACUUGUUUUUAUAGUACGUACCUUCACCACCUGUUCACGUCAGAUUUCUUGUUUUAGGAAAACAAACGCUAAAACUAAGUGUACUUUCGCGUCCAGACUUAUUUGACAGCUAGUCAUUCACAGUUGCUUUAUUUUUGCAUACAAAAUUAGUAGGCGGACUGGCGAAAACCAGGAGCCUGCCGGGUUUCCUGGCGGGCGUUUCCUUCCCUCCCUCCUCGCGCGCCCAAAACUCCCUUUGCCUUUCCUUUCAAACGCCUGCCACGAAGGCUAGCGUUAAAAAUGGUAUCGAUCGAAACCGGACUAGCCUAGGAGCAAUCGCUCCAAUUAUUGCAAACGUGCGGCUCUCUUGUGUCUUCUCGCGUCUCCCCAAAAUGGAGAGCUUCAUGCUCGCAGGCUAAAACCGGUCAUGCCAUGCAACAAAAAAACUCAUAAACAGAACACAAACCGACGGUGGUGUUAAACAUUUUUAUACGUAUUUGACGUUUCGUUUGUAGUCAACAUACAUUUUCAAGUCGCUCGUGGGAUAUUUCUUGGAGUACCACUCGAUCUCCUCUUAUUUUGCUAUUUGGACUCUCACAGAAACCCUGCGAUGUCCCGUAGUGGAUCCUUAUACAUUACAGUGCACUGGAAUACUGAAACAUCUCUGUGUCUCUGACGGUGAUUGUGCAGAGGGUAGUAGGUGUUGUCCAUCCGCAGAAGAUCAAGGAUGCACACAUCAGUGUCGAAAAGCUGAAGUGCUGAGUGAGUAAUAAAUGAGGUACAAAACACGGGUCACAAGUUCAGGUCAAUGCUCUAUUGUUGAAUAACUCAGAUAAACAGAUUCCCCUUAGAGCUUAAGCAGUAUUUUGGAUUGUGAUUAGGACUAGGAGACAGUAAUAGGGGUUGUUUAUUUACUGUAGUAUACGGUUACCUGCACUCUAACUUGCACUUGUGAGCUGUGACCCGGGGGGUACUUGCAGAAAAAAAUUGGAUAGGUGUGGGGGGUACUUGCAGAAAAAUUGGAUAGGGGUGUGCGGCCCGCUUCCCAAAACCCUUACCCUAUUUAUGACCAAAAUCUGCGAUUUUCCCUACCCUUUUUAUGACCUAACCAAAAAUUUAAUACCCUAUUUAUGACCUGACCCUUAAAUCAAUACCCUGUUUCAGACCUGCCUUAUAAUUAUUUCCCUAGUUCAGACCAAUGUUAAAGGCAAUGUUUAUCUGCUUUUAUUAGGUAUGUUAUAAGACUGCAAAGUUUCGAGCUCAGAAUUCCACAACUAAAAAAGUGCAUUCAAGACUACGGUGCAAAAAUCGUUACCCUAUUUAUGACCAAAAUGGCGGCAAAAAAGCCAAAAUCGAUACCCAAUUUAUGACCAAAACGGCUGAAAAACCCUACCCUUUCGGGCCGCACAUACCUAUAUAGCCCAUAUUAGGGAGUAACCCCCGGGGCUGUGACCUGCGUUUAGCACUUGCGGCUGUGGUUUUCAAUGUGCUUUCUUUGUCUUUGAUCUUUACAGUGCCGAACCGCACUUUACUUUCGGAAUUUGUGUUUAAACAACUAGGUUAAACUAAUCUGUUACAGAAGAGAAUGUAAAAAAUACAGCCCCGGUCAAAACUCUUAGGACACUAACGCAAUGGCUGGUCAAAAUUGAUGUAUUUUCUUGCCUUCUCCCCAUGUCGUUGUGUUGAAGUCAUACGCGCAUUUAAGACGUUUUAAUUACAAUCAGCAUUGCUUAGCUGAGAGGGGGACAGCAGAAAUAGGCUGUUUCAUCAACAUUUCCAAGCUUUUAUAAGAGGUAGUUUUCGAGUAAAUCUAGCAAUGUCUGACUUUGCGCCUGAUUUCCUCAAGUCUCCCAAGAUGUUUUGACCAGGGUUGCAGUUUAAUACAAAUAGAAUGGAGCAGAUGAUUGCAAAUAUUACCUGGCACUUUUGUCAUUACGGGAUGACUCAGGCAAGUCUACUCACUGAACCAAGACAGUGAGAUCAAGUUUGUUGGUUCAAAAGUGCUGAGUCAAUCGCUUGAUACUUUUAGUUAUUAAUCAGUAUUACUUGCUUUCGCUCCGAGCAGUAUUUCUAUCAUACAGCUUGUCAACGCAAGUCCGAUCCUAGGUCCGUAUGCUUUCUUAGGCGGGUAGGGGGACGUAAAAUUUGGCGUGCUCGAGAAAUCUUCCAUGACCUCGGAGUUUAUAACUGAUCUUAGUCGUAAGGUCCUUACCUUUUCUACCGAGACUGUGACAAGGCCUUCUUUGUGUACUCUCCACUUACUGAUUCAUGGACUCAUUUUUUCGUCUACUGACAAAUAUAAUUGUAAACACAAGUCUUACCGGUGCUUGCUUUCUAUUAUGUUUAGAGGGUUGUCCUAAACCUAUAGAUUUGGCUUUACUGAUUGAUGCUUCAGGUGAGUCAGUUACCUUCGUUUGAACAUUAGUAUGUUUGCCUGUACAUCCUCCCCAUCCAUCCAUCCAUCCAUGCAUCCACCCACCCACUCACCCACCCAUCCAUCCAUCCAUCCAUCCACCCAUCCUUCCUUCCUUCCUCCCUUGCUGGUUUGCUAACUUGCUUCCUUCCUUCCGUCCGUCCGUCCGUCCAUCCAUCCAUCCAUCAAGCCAUCCAUCCAUCCAUCCACCCACACAUCCAUUCAUCCACCCACCCACUCACCCACCCAUCCAUUCAUCCAUCCUUCCUUGCCUCCUUCCCUGCUUCCCUCCUUUCUUCCUUCUUUCCGUCAACUCGCCCAUCCAUCUUCCCAUCCAUUUAAAUUUAACAAAAUUCGUUAUCCAUCCAUCCAUCCCUCCACCCAGCCAUCCUUCCCUCCUCCCUUCCUUCCUUCCGCCCGUCCCUCCGUCCAUUCAUCCAUCAAUCCAUCCAUAAAUCCAUUUUUUAAAUUUAGUAAAAUACGUUAGUAUUUUCAGUGUUUUCUCUAUUUCAGGGAGCAUUAGUAGGAGAAACUUUAGACAGUUCAAAUUGUUUCUCGAGCGUUUAGUAGACCAGUUCGAAGUUUCUGAAACUGGCACUCACGUGGCCCUCAUCGAAUACAGUACUGACGCCUCAGUACAACUGAAAUUCAACGACUUCAAGGGAGCCGCGCUUAAUGCUGUCAACGUGAAGCGCAAGGUGCAAAGUGUACCACACACUCGUGGAUUCACAUACAUCGAUAAGGCGCUGGCACUUGCGGAUACGGUGGUUUUCUCCGAAGCAAAUGGGAUGAGAAAAAAUGUAGCAAAGGUAAACUUUUUUGCUGCUAGAUUCAUACCAGUAACAUUGUAUUGAUUUUUCCCUUCUUAUUAGGUCGUAGCAACCUAUAAGGGCUUUUAGAAGCAUAAUAAUGAUUGCCUGAUGCGCCCAACGAGCGUUCAAGGUGGAAAGAGAACGACUAUGAAUUCCCAUUUUCGGUGGACUUGUUCCGUUCUUGGUCAACUCCCAAUGGAUCCAAAGCUUUUAGAAAGACAUAUGGUUUUGAAGCUUGUCAGACUCCUUUGUUAUAAUUAUGUUUUUGUGGACUUGUCUUUGCACAUUCUUAACUAAAACUGCUGACCAAUAAAAACGACAUCUUAAUUCAUUCCGUCACAAUUUGCGAAUAAAAAAAGCUGAACAAAGGAUUGCGUACCACCAGGAAGCUCCCAACAUAAGCUGCAGCCCUGCCGUUUUUAUCUACGAUGUUUGCCCCCUUCAUUUCCUGUACCUAUCAAACUUUUUUGCUUUGUAGAUAGCUAUCGUCAUGACAGAUGGUGUGCAAACAGUUCCGCAAGAAAGCGAUAAAACAAGUCUACAGAUACUGAGAAAUGCAUCGGCUCCCUUAAAAAAUAAAGGUAUAGAGAUAAUGACGCUAGGAAUUGGGAAGGGCAUCAUCCUGGAAGACUUAGUGGAAAUUGCAACGGACGACACGGGUGUUUUUUUGGCUGAGGACUUCAGUGCCCUUGACGAAAUCGUGACGGAUGUUAGAGAAGGGAAAUGUCCAGGUAGGAGAUUGUUUUCUACACGUCUUUAGGUUUGUAAUAACCUACCCUUGGCUGUUUCUUUAACCUUGUGUUCAUAAUUUCAUCAGCGUGCUGCCACUUAUAGAGACACGCUUUGAAAGAUUCCUUUUAUCUUCUUGUGGAGAAAAUUUAUGAUGCGCGAGAAGUUUGAGUGCAGUCUGUUAGAUUCCUAGAGUCUUUUUACUAACAAGGUUAGACUACGAGUAGUUUCUCUUUUUUUCUCUUCUUGCAGUCUAAUCACGGAGUCAGGUGCAAAUCAAUUUAUUUUAUCUUACAGUUGACGGUCAAUGGUCAGAUUGGAAGAAUUGGGGUGACUGUUCGGUGACAUGUGGUGGAGGAAAAAGAAAGCGAAAUCGCACAUGCACAAACCCUCCCCCUCAAAAUGGGGGACAGAAAUGUCCAGGUCCAAGUGAAGAGGAAGAAGCCUGCAAUGAGCAGCCUUGUCCUGGUAGGUGUCUUCAUCAAUUUAGUUUUCUGGGAAACUGCAAACCUACCCCUCCCUUAAGCUAACAUUUUGCCUAAGUGGCAAGUAAUUAAGUGUUAUUAUUGGGCUAGGGGAGGGAUAGGUUGGGCAGUUUCCCAGAAACCAAAGUCGAUCUGAAAUGUUCGUAUUUUACCCUGCAACUGAAGUAGCACCACAGUUUCUUUAGAAACGAAACUCGUCUUUCCCAUGUACAUAGUGUUGUUUUGGCGUAGGGGAGGGGUUUGAUAGGUAGUCUCCCUGAAACCAAAAUUAAUCCGAAAUUUUUGUAUUUCGCUCCCCAAACGAGGUAUCGCCACAGUUUCUUUAAGAAACGAAACCCUUCUUCCCUUGAGCUUAGUCGGAAAAUUCAAAAUACGGUAAACGCUCCAAUAAGCACUUAGGGCGCUGAAUUGAAUUUUUGAGGCGUGAAGUGAGGCGUGGGCCAGCAAUAGAGAAGGGAGGGGGAUUGGGAGAGUCUAAAAGGGACGCACUCCCUCUCCCCCAUCCCCUUCCCUUCAUGCAUCUCCCAAGCAGGCUGCGAUUCGCGAGGUGAUCGCCUUCUCCCUAGGGGCCACUUCUGGAGUGGUUCAUGGUAUGGUAUGCUUGGACCCUCCCAGACCAAUUGAGUGAUAUUUCCUCCACUAUUUAAGGUCUCGGUAAAUGAAAAUUUUUGUACAUUGCUCGAUUUUGUUUUUUUUUGAUUUUUGGCAUGAGUGGGUCCUAAAUUUUAUUUUGGCAGAAAAAGAAAAUCAGAAAGUGCUUUUUAACCCUUCUAAAAUAGGCCUUUUCUGAGCUAACCAGCCAAGCGUGGACCUCGCGCUAAAUCUUUAGAGCCGAUUUUCUCUCACUCUAUUGUAGACGCAAAAAUCAAAAUUCUCCGACCUCCAGUCGGGACAGGUUUUAAGCUAUCGCUUUGAAACUUUCAGAUAUGAUGGAUAAUGAUAUAGAAUCAAAAAGGGUGUGAGGAAUUUUCCGAUUUCCCUUUGUAACUCAUUUUAUGUCAGUUUCUUUGCGUAAAUCGCGCUCGAGAUUCGACUUUUUAGUUUGAAAUGCAAUAAUUCCGCUAAUACGAGACAUAUGCAAAUUUCCUCACACCCUUUUUUAGGUCUUUUAUCUGUUAAUCAGACGCAAUAAAAAGGAAGUGAAUAUUUAACAACGCGAAAGGGCUGGAGCUUCAGCAGUAAACUCGAUACCUCUGAGUUCGAGAGCAAAAAACUUAAGCGCCUUUUGAAAUUCGAUGAAAUAAAAUCUUUUAUAAGGUAAUUUAGUCUUUUAGCUUUAAUUUGAUAUAGAACUUGCCUUUGUAGCGAAAAUACUCGGGCGACUAGAAUUUUUUUCUGUGGGCACCUCGUUUUCCUUUACCGAGACCUUAAGAUCUGAAACGAUAAAAAAGCAUUAAACACUCCAGACCCUAGUUCCAAGGUGCUCAAAGCCUAACCCUAUUUCAGUGCCAAACGGUUAAAGUCUACUCAAAACUUCAGACCAAACGGGGUAAAAAACCAUAUACUUUGAGACAUUUAACAUCUAUAAACUUAUAUAGGUUAGUAAUUAAUGCCCCAUGCUCAGGUCUCAUUGCCUUGCUAACUUGAUUGUGGUUUUACGGCGCUAAACUGACUACCGGUCUUCAGGUUUUCCUCCUCUACACAUGCAUGCAGCGUAGAUGGCUUUUGUCUCUCGCUAACGAUGCCAGGCAAGUUAUUAAGACCUUGGAUUUUACCAACGCUCCAAAAAAAUGUUACACUUCCUUGGUAUUUGAAAUCAUCAAAAUUUUCAACGAUUAAGGUAAACAAAAUGCUAUUUUUAAACGACAAUAAAGAAUACGAAAAAGUUUGAAAAUACUUGGUUUUUGAGCUGUAUGCUACCUCAUUCUUUGUGUUUCAUACCACAUUUUGCGUUUUAGCAUUUAUCCGUAGACUGGCGCACAAAUACAGGUUCUGUCAUUUUUUGAAGAAACAUAACUUGGCACUAUAGCAAGCCCAAACAGCUUCAUCGACCCGAUAACUUAUGAAUGCGAAAUGGUUGCUAUAGCAACCGCAAUAAUGUUUCGUAUGUCUCAUUGGUAGUUGAUGGCAAUUGGUCAGAUUGGAAUGAGUGGAGCGCUUGUCCUGUCACAUGCGGAGGUGGUGAAGAGAGGCGAACACGAACUUGCACCAAUCCCCCACCAGCGUUCGGAGGGGAGAAGUGUCCUGGGGAAAGCGAAGAAACGAGGCCAUGCAACGAAGCUCCUUGCCCAAGUAAAUAUUGUUGUUGUUUUUUGUUUUUUCUUGAAUUCCGAAACAGUCUCAUAGCCGUGGAUUUCCUUUAAAAAACGUUUUAAAAUGCUAUAUCUAGUUGAUGGUAAUUGGUCAGAUUGA